AUGCCACAGACGCAGAAAGUGGAUGUAAAGGAUAUUUUCGCGGCGGAUCCUCCCCGCAUAGUGUACAAGGAAGGUCUACGCAGUGUACAGCCGUACUACUACGUCUACCAGACAUACGCCAAGCAACGGUGGUUUGGGCGGAGGUUAGUGGAAGUGUGUACGACGGAGUUCCGCGACCGGUCCAAGUCUUAUUACGAGUGGGCCAUCCAGACGGGCAUAGCUACUAUCAACAGCCAGCCCGCAACGCUCGAUUCUGUAGUGCGCAAUGGCGACCUCAUCCAGAACCGAGUGCAUGCGCAUGAACCACCAGUUGUAGCUGAGCUGCCUGUUAUAAUCUACGAAAACAAAGAGCGUGGCUGGCUCGUUGUGUCCAAACCUGGCUCUAUGCCUGUGCACGCUGCUGGGCGGUACAGGAAGAACACGCUGCUGGAGAUCCUCCAGGACGAAUACAAAAUGAACAGCCUCUACUGCUGUAAUCGUCUCGACAGGCUGACUAGCGGUGUGAUGGUGAUAGGCACGCGCAAGAGCGCAGGUCAGCAACUCGGUGCAGCGUUUAUGCGCGGCGUAAUAAAGAAAGAGUACAUUGCACGCGUCCUGGGUCGAUUCCCAGACCGCGAGACUGUCGACGAGCCUAUCAUUACCGUCGAUAGACAGAUGGGACUCGUUAUUCGCCACGAACACGGCAAGCAGGCCAAAACAAUGUUCGAACGUAUGUCGUAUGAUUCUGUCACUGAUACUAGCAUCGUUUAUUGCCAACCUCUCACUGGUCGCACUCACCAGAUUCGCGUUCAUCUUCAGUACCUAGGCUAUCCGAUCGCUAACGAUCCUCUCUACUCGAGCUACGAGGUGUGGGGCGUGAAAAGAGGGAAAGGGGGAUGGCCGACGUAUACCACCGAGCGCGUGCUCGGUGAGUUGUUGGAAUUGGACAGGGAGCACGAUCAGGAGCAGGAACAUAAACAGGGGCAGAAUCAGGAGCAGCGCAAAGAACAGCCAUUAAACACAUGUCAUUCCAAGGACGUAGAAAUACUCGAGAAACACCUCGGCGAUAACGCCAAACAUUUCAUUCGCAGCGACGACGAUAUCGGGUUCAACAGCCCAGUCGAGCUACACGAGGAGUACAAGGAGGUGAUACGACGUCUACGCGCGCAGAAAGACGAAAGCGACGGCUGGGCGAGGUGGAGAGAUGCGCUGGGUUUUGGGAGCGACGAGCAGGAGAAGCAGAAGCAGAAUCAAAUAAAGGAAGAUCAACAACAACAACAACAUGGCCACAAUGAUACAAACACUGACGCUCAUAACCUCAACAGCGUCACGCAAGGCCUCGGCGGAUACUGCCCCACUUGCUUCAUCCCCCUCAUUCCAGACCCCCCGCGCGAGAAACUUUUCAUCUAUCUUCAUGCCACACGCUACACGAGUCCCGAUUGGUGCUUUCAGGCUCCUCUCCCUAAUUGGAUAGAUGAGGGUGGGAGAAAGUGGUGGGAUGCGAAUAACGAGCAGCGUAAGCAAGGUAUAGUGGAGAGUGUUAAUCAGCUCGUAAAGGAGGAAGAGGAGAGGAAGGCGGCGGAAGAAGGAGGCUAA